AUGAGUAAGAAAAAGACUUCAAUUAAAUUACCAGUUGGUCAAAGAGCAAUAUCAGAUUUUUAUAUAUGUAAAAAUAAUAAUAAUAAUAAUUUUAGUAAUAGUUUUAGCAAAAAGCAACCAGAUAAUUUAUUUAAUAGAAUUCCUUCAGCUAAGAGACAGAGUUCAAUACUAAGUACUACUACAGAUAAUGAUGAUGAUGAUGAUGAAGGAUUUGGAGAUGGUCAUGAUAUUUCAAUAGAUCCUGAUACAAGUUCGGAAAUGACAAAUUUUAGAGAUCCAAAAUUAUAUAAUGUAUUACAAUCAAAAUUUAAUUCACCAAUGAAUUCUCAAUUAUCAAGAUCAAAUUCAAUUUUAAAUGAAAAAAGUGCUAACGAGCUAAAUCAUGAGAUUAUUCCACCUGCUUUAAAAAGAUCAAAUACUGAUAUAUUAGAUUCAUUUGAUGGUGGUAAAGCUAAAAAGAUAUUAAAACAAUCAAGUAUACAACAAACUCAAGUUGAAAUCAUAAAUAAUGAUGACUUAAGUCCUGAACAAAUGGAAAUUAUUGACAAAGUUGUAAAUAAAAAAUUGAAUGUAUUUUAUACUGGUAGUGCAGGUACAGGUAAAUCAGUUGUAUUAAGAGCAUUAGUUAAAAGAUUGAAAGCUAUUUAUAGAGAUAAUAUUGGUGUUACGGCCCCAACUGGUAUGGCUGCUUGUAAUAUUAAUGGUCAAACAAUUUUUAGAUACUUGGAAAUUGGUCUUGGUUUACAAAAUCCAAAUGAAUUAGCCAAAAUGAUUCAAAGAAAUCCUGGAAAAUUAAGAAAAUGGACAAUGAUGAAAGUUUUAAUAAUUGAUGAAAUUUCAAUGGUUGAUGGUCACUUUUUUGAUAAAUUGGAAGAAACAGCAAGAAAAGUAAGAGGUAAUAGCGCACCAUUUGGUGGUAUACAAAUUGUAUGUUGUGGAGACUUUUAUCAACUACCACCAGUUUCAACAAGAGGUAAAGAAAUUAAAUUCUGCUUUCAAGCUAAAUCUUGGAAUCUAGUUAUACAAGAAAAUAUAGUAUUAAAACAAAUCUUUAGACAAAAGGGUGACAAUGAACUAAUUGAAAUGUUGAAUGCAUUAAGAACUGGAGAUGUCAGAAAUCAACCAGACAUGAUUGAUAAAUUUAAAAAACUAACCGAAGCAGUUAAAUAUGAUGAUGGAUUGGAACCUACGCAGCUAUUUCCAACGAGAAAAGAAGUUUUACAAGCUAAUAAUGGAAGACUACAAAAGCUUGAAUCUAAAGUUUAUGAAUAUACCGCAGUUGACAGUCAUGUUGGUGAAAUGUAUAAAAAUCAUUAUGCUCAACUAUUAUGUGAAGACAAUUUAAUCUUAAAGGAAGGUGCACAAGUAAUGAAUAUAAAAAAUAUGGGCGAUACAUUAGCUAAUGGAACACUAGGCACAAUUUUAUUUUUCAUAACUAAAAAUUUAUUUUUUAAAUUGAUGGAUUUGUAUGGUUCAUUUGAAAGUUUAGAUCCCCAACUGUUGAAAGAAAUAAGAUUGUUAAGUUCAAGAAUAGGAAUUGUACAAGAAUGGAGUACCAAAGAAAAAGAAAUCUUUGAUUCCAUACCAAAUGAAAGAAAAUCAAAAUUUGAGCUGUUAAUUCAAUACACUGCUCAAGAAACAAAAGCAGAAAUGUUACCAGUUGUCCUAUACAAAUUAAAUGGCAUGGAUGAAGCAAGGAUAGUUGAUAGAGAAGAAUUUGUCAUAGAAUUAGGUAAAGAAAAAAGUUCAACUGGUAACCCCACUAGGGUCCAGUUACCAAUAAUUUUAUCAUGGGCAAUGUCCAUACAUAAAGCACAAGGUCAAACUAUACCAAGAUUAAAAGUUGACUUAGACAGAAUAUUUGAAAAUGGUCAUGCAUAUGUUGCUAUAUCAAGAGCUGUUAGUAAAAAUUGUUUACAAAUAAAACAUUUUAGAGCUGAUAAAAUUAGAGUUUCUAAAGAAGUUCAUAAUUUUUAUAAAAGUCUUGAAAGUAGAACUUCACGAAGUUAA